AUAGUCUAUUCUGCGUGACAAACAUUUAUUUCAAUUAUAUACAUUUAUGUUACUGUUUUCUUCUGUCUACAGAGCUGUACCAAUUGUUCAUUUAGAAUGCAAGCCAACCAAUCUAGGUAUUUCAUUUUUGUGUUUGAUGGACUCACAAAUAACCCUACUAUAGAGCGUGUUCUCUUUAUAAUCUUCCUGCUGAUAUACAUCUUCACAAUUCUAGGGAAUGGUGGGCUGAUUGUGCUGAUCAAUAAAAGCCCUAUUCUGCACACCCCCAUGUACUUCUUCCUAAAACAUUUAUCUUUCCUAGAUAUGUGCUACACCUCUGUCAUCAUCCCAAGAACUCUCUCAGACCUUCUUUCUAAGAAGAAAACAAUUACGUUAUUUGCUUGUGUUGUACAAUUGUAUUUUUACGCCUCCCUUUUUAUCUCUGAGGUUUAUCUGUUAUCUGCUAUGGCUUAUGACCGUUAUGUUGCAAUAUGCCAACCAUUACUUUACUAUGUUAUGAUGCAAAAAGAAAAAUGCAUUAUUCUAAUUGCUAUAUGCUUUGCAAUUGGCUUCUCUGAUUCUUUGAUACAUGCAAUGAACACAUUCAGCCAGGUCUACUGCAAUAACCAUCACAUAGCUCAUUUCUUCUGUGAUAUGCCCCCUGUCCUUAAAUUGUCUUGCUCCGAUACCUCUGUGACUGAGCUGCUUGUUUUUGCAGUUGUGGGAUUUAACUCCUUUGUAUGUAUAUCUGUCAUUGUUAUAUCAUAUAGUUAUAUAUUUUCAACUAUACUUACAAUCCAGUCUGCACAAGGAAGGCUGAAAGCAUUCACAACUUGUUCUUCUCACUUGAUCUCCGUAGGAACUUUAUUUGGAACCCUGAUGUAUAUGUACCUGCGCCCAAACUCCAGUUAUUCCAAUGAUCAGGAUAAGGUGGUGUCAGUUUUCUAUACAAUGGUAAUACCUAUGUUAAAUCCAGUCAUUUACAGCUUCAGGAACAAAGAUGUACAGAAAGCAUUUGUAAAACUGAUAAGACUAAAAACAGGAGAAUAAUUAUAAGCUCUAUUGACCAGGGCCUUCUGUACCUCCCAUAUUGAUCAGUAUUUGUAUGUAAGUUGUAAUUUUAUUCAGCAUAUAUAUGAUCUGCUGUAUGUCGGGGUGACAAGGUAAAACUACACCCUAGUCACUAUGACCUCUUCUCCAUGCUGGUAUUCAA